AUGUCCAGUGAUGCUACGUUUCUCUCCCACUUCUCCGAGACCACAGCCGUCGAGCCUGACCUAGUCUCGCUCUUUGAGCGUAUCCACUUCUACACUGGCAUCUCGGACGACCCUCCUCCCCUCCUCCACCGUUCCGAUCUCCUGCAGCGUCCCUUCGUCAUCCCUCGAGACAGGUUCUCCGCCAUCCCCGAGAAGACCGCUCACGGAGUCGUCCACCCGGUCCUCAAGAACAAGUUUUGGAAGGAGACCGUUGCUCCUGAGAUCAUCGCCCUGCUCAAGGAUAAGACCCGUAGUGUUCACGUCUCUACGAUGCUGCCUGUCCGCUUCUCCACCCCCGAUGAGAACGGCAAGGAUGUCCUCGAUAAACACAUCGUCCUGUGGAUCUCUGUUCAUCCUAACACCACGAAGGAGACCUCCUGCCGCGACGCCAACGCCCCCGUCCUCGCCAUUCUCGCUAAGCACGGCAUCCAGGACGCAGCCGUUCACUGGAUUGAAGGUGCUGUCGAGUCCCUGGCCGGUCCCCCUCCCAUGAUGCGCGUCGUCAGGGACACGGACCCGACCCACUGGAUCCGCCGAGCUCUGACAGCCGUCUUGGGCGUCCCCCUCGCUGCGGAGGAGUUGGCGGACAAGGAUGUGCAGGGCUCCCUCGGCGUAUACUUCCACGAGGGCAAGGACCGGCAUGGUAACAAGAGCACGAGGGUUAUGGCGCUUACGAACAAGCCGUUACCUCCAAGGACACCACGGCCGACUACGAGUCAGUGGCCGCCCUGGUGCACCUCGUCAGUGGUCAACGAGACGCGCGCGCUGAUUGCUACGAAGCUCGGUGACGCCAAACUCUUCGCCGAGCAGCUUGCGGCACUGUCGGCGAAACCGGCAUCCGACGAGGAGGAGGCGGCGGCGGAAGACAAGUUGGACUUGGAGAGGAAGGAGGAGGACUUGAAGAGGGCGAAGGUGGACGUUGGUAUCCUGGUCGACUUCCCCAAGCUCCUCAACUCUAAUGUCUACCAGCGAAUCGUCGGGUGGCUCGAUUGGGCACCCCAAAUCGCUAACGAUCUCGACAACCGCCGCUAUACUCGAGACAUAGGCGUCAUCGCGCUUGAGGACAAGUUCCUGAAGAACUUCAAAGGCAACUAUGUCUAUCUCGCUGGCAAGUUCACCCGCGACGAGAUUGUUUCGUUUUUCUACCCCAAUGCCACCAACCCACCAUCCUUCGAGUACCCAAAAGAUCACUUCUUCAGGAUUUCUGGUUGCGUCGACGCUGCAGGCCUGGCGAACCCCUACUUCUGGGACGAGCAAGGCAACCCGUGCUCCAUCGUGGCCAAGAAUGGGCAGACGACCGAUCUCACCUUUGGUCGCUUCUCCGAGUUGGAAGCUUACACGUGUGACGAGUUCGAGCACGAUUCGUGGGAGGUCGCUGUCCUCAACUUUAACAGAAAGCACGGCAACUUUUCUGACCAUGGCGCAUGCAUCUUCGACGCCAAAGGCAAGAUGGUCGCGAUCUUGCAUUCCGGCAUGCCCAGGGGAACGUCCAGCCACGUCACGUUUGGCACUCCUGCUCACUACGUCGUCGAUCUCGUCAGGGAACGCUACCCCCAUGCCGAUUUUGACCGCCUCAAGUUCGCCGAAACCGCAACCUGA